CCUUCUCAUCCGUGCAAUGCACGCAAGCACCUCUCUGUCCUCUCUCCUGCACCCUAUCUUCCUAGCCUCGCACCUAGAACACCCGGAAACACGCCGGUUUCUUCUCGCCGUCCCUGCUUCGUGCUCUGCCUAGCAUCAGGUGGCUUUGCGUUGACGUGACGAGGGGCUGCCAUUUUGACGUGAUCGAUCAAGAAGCGGAGGAUAACAACCACGAUGGCACGACGAUGUGAAUCCGCCGCGGUGAUGGUAGCUUGCCUCAUCACCACAUUCCUCGCGGGCUUGCAUGGAGUCAACGCAUCGACUGGCGGGGAAACUAGCGGUUUCAUGGCUUUCGCGGAGGGGAUCGCAACUGCGGCUCGUGAUAAGAUCUUGGAGUGCUCCGGAGCGGAACCCGAUUCGCACUUGCCGCUGAUCGUACUCGGGGCCAUGGGAGCCGCGUUGGUGGCCUUCACGCUUUACCUCUCGCGCCUGUACUUCGACAGAGAUCCGUAUGUGUUCAACGGGGGCAAGUUGGGGAAGCUGGAAGCGCAGUCAAUUUACACCAACAAGAAGCACUGCUGAUGACGUAGUGCGUGCAAUUUGGGAGCCUGCUUCCGUUCGAUUGAAAUGAUGGUCCUGAUAGGUGUUGUGUUACUAGUUAUCCUUUGCGUCUUUGGGAUGUUGGUUUUCUUGAGGGACUUGACACUUGGCACCCAUCUUGCGCUGAGUGACCCAACUCUCGGUUGCGGGGAUCGUGUCUCUCGUUUGUAUUCGGAUGUUGCGCAAUAUGUAGGACACGGACAUGUAUAUUGAUGCCGUUUGCGCCAUUUCAGCCUCUAAAGAGGCGGCCCAAAAACGUAUCCCGCUCAAUGGGGUGCGAGAAUAUUGGUGCUGACUGACAACCGCGGUAUCAUGGUAAAUUUUUGUUGCUCUGUGGUGUCUUAUGUGUGGAUGACUGGGUUGGAACCAAGUGUGGAUGGAAACCACCAGGUCGAUUUUUCAGUUGCCGGACUAUCCGACCAAGCGUUGUACAACUGUCGUAUCCUACCUCACUGGUCGGCAGGAUAUUUCCGCUUUAGUAAGAAAUCUGGCUGAGGCGGCGGCUGAAUCAGGCGUUGCCCUGUUUUCGAUGCGAGUUGGGAUGUUGCUCGCUCGUGAACGACGAGGCGGCAAUAAGUUCGGUGGAUAUUGUGCUUUUGGUGCGUUUUGGGUGAGAGAAGGCAAACUGUGCUUGUGCUAUGCUCCUGUACCAGAGCAAGUGUGUUAGAAUGUCUUGCUGCGGCGUGAAAUUGAACGACUCUUUUCCAUCAAAGGGUGUGACUUUCCCCCCACUCCCAUGACACAAAACAAUCCUUUUCAUCAGUAGGGUUCAAUUGUGUGACCGUUUGCUGUGUGUGUUUUUUGGUCUGUGUGACCCCUGCUAACGCGUUCCAAAAACAUGCCGAUUGGUGUGUAACUGUCACGUCCAGAAAACACGGGACACACGUUGGGCACGGUGGCCGUGGGCGGUUUCACAUGGCCCCUACUGGUAGCUGGUUGUUUUGAGGGCGGCGGGUACUGUAGGCAUCCUUAGCACGACUUCGGCGGAACAACCUAUGAAUAGAGCAUCGCAACUGUCGUUUUCGUGCACGAGCUCUUCGAUUGCGUCGCAUGUGCGAGCGUCUUUGCUGCCACAUGAACUCCUUCGCACGCUCGUAUGAGUGACAUGGACGCAAAUGUGAGCGGGUACUUGGAUGACUUCGUUGCUGAGCGACGCAACGACCGUAGGCCCAUGUGACAUGAAAACCUCCUGAGCGAAUCGAACGACACUUGACGUCAAGGA